AUGAAGCAACGGUUGAAAGAUUGGCAUGUGACGCUCAAGAUGCACGCCUCUCCAAAUGGAGGGACGCGCAUCUUCAAGGAGAGUGUGAGGUUCGUUUUUGGGAAGAAGGAGUUGCGUGACGACGAGAUUGAGGCCAUGAAAGCAUUGCAAGAUUCCUACUACCGAUGCAAAUUCGGACGCCAAGAAGGGGAAGAGGAGGAUGCCACAGUUUCCUUCUGGAUCAGUCUGGAAACGUUGGAAGCUCGAAAGAAGCAGGACGAGUGGGCCAAUAACGUAGAGGAUGUCCGAUACCUUCGCAUCAAGAACCGUGAUGUUGGCUUUGUUCGAGCCAGUGACGAGUGCUUGCGGGACGAAAUCCGAAAGAACGGUGGCAAGUCAUUGGAAGAACGACGUAAGAGAAGGAAGCCCACCCAACCGGUCGAGGAGCUAGCUCUGCCCCAGAACAAAAAGCUUUCCCUCGGAGAGGCAAAGGAGGUCAAACGAUCAGCGCUCAAGGCGGGCAAGGAAUGGACGGAAGAACUCAAAGAAAGAGCCCUGACUGUUGCAGAAGAAUGGGUCGGCGAAAGCGCCGACUGGACACAGUCCUUCAUCAAGAGGAGCAUGGCUGAGAAGUUGGACCAGGAUUUGGCAACUUGGCUGGAUUCGCAGCGUGGCAGUCUCUGCAAUAGCAAGCCAUAUGCUGAUGACUAUGACAGAUUCCGAGAAGAGGUGAUGGAGACUAUUGUGGUUGACGGUGUCAAUCGAAUGGGCAAUGCAAUGGUAGAGUGGUUUGACAAUCAAACCAGAGGAUCAUCGCUGGGAUUUGGCACUUCCCGCCCAUCCGCGUCUUUGGUCGACAUCAGGGACCCGUUUGGCCUUGGAAGCACCAACUCGUUGCGUGGAAGUGAUUUUGAACCGAUCGGUUGGGACACAUCUUCGACGCAAAGCCUGAGCCGGCUUGAUUCCGAGAGCAUUCUUUCCGGUUUUGGUUCAGAGUUGGACGAUUCCACCAGCGUCACCAUCAUGAUGAACUGCGAUGACAGCACGAGCUUCAGCUUUCAAGAGGAAAGGCAACGUCAUUUGGCGUCAACGACAAGGGGACGCCCGCACGAAGUCACCGGUAAUCCUCCGCCUCCGGAUUGUGUGGUUAUUCGUGCUAACCGCGACAAGGGCCGCCCGACUCCGCCCGUCUCCACCAGGAAAGGCGCAAGCUCUGCUCGGAGGUCAGCAUCAGAAAAGGCACAUCAAAGUAUCCAUGAUACCAAAGGAGAAGUCACUGGAACUGUGGGUGACAGUGGAACCGAAAAAGUCUAUGUGAGUUACAGCAAGGCCGAAGGGCCAGGACGACGCACAGCGCAGACAGAAGACGGUUCUCCGAAAGGCGGUGGUUGGUGCGACAACAGCAAGGAGCGGACAUGGGUAGUCGACGACGACUCCCCUGCUGAUGACAACGGAGGUGAUCCUCUCAGCAUUCUGUCCAAAGGUGGCAACCUUGGUAGUGGUGGCGAUAAUGAGGAGCCGGCAUGGGCAGCCAGCGGAGUCUCCCCUGCUAGCAAUGGAGGCGAUCGCCUCAGCAUCCGGUCCAAAGGGAGAGCGAGUUUCCGAAAGAAGUGGAUGAGGACCAUCGCUGAAGGUUAG